GCCUGAAUUAGUUUCUAAUUCUUUCGAUGUAGAUCUGGAGUCUGUCUCGUCCCAAGCUCCUGGGAUUCUGUCACUAUGGAGACUGAAAGUGAGCAGAACUCCAGCUCCACCAGCGGGAGCUCCAGUUCUGGAGGAAGCGCCCGUCCUCAAAUAUCGCAGAUGUCUCUCUAUGAGCGACAGGCAGUACAGGCCCUGCAGGCACUCCAGAGACAGCCCAAUGCAGCCCAGUACUUUCAUCAGUUUAUGCUCCAGCAGCAGCUUAACAGUGCCCAGCUUCACAGCCUGGCUGCUGUCCAGCAGGCUACAAUUGCAGCCAGUAGACAGGCCAGCUCCCCCAACACCAGCACCCCACAACAGACCACCACCACACAAGCCUCUAUCAACCUAGCCACCACAUCAGCUGCUCAGCUAAUCAGUCGGUCACAGAGUGUGAGUUCCCCCAGCGCCACAACCCUGACACAAUCUGUGCUCCUUGGGAACACCACCUCACCACCCCUCAACCAGUCACAGGCCCAGAUGUAUCUUCGGCCACAGCUGGGGAACCUGUUGCAGGUAAACCGAACCUUGGGCCGCAAUGUGCCUCUUGCUUCCCAACUCAUCUUGAUGCCCAACGGGGCUGUGGCCGCUGUGCAGCAGGAGGUACCACCCACACAGUCUCCUGGGGUCCAUGCAGACACAGACCAGGUGCAGAACUUGGCUGUGAGGAGCCAACAGACCUCAGCUACCAAUGCCCAGCUCCAAGGCUCUGCUCAGAAGGCAGCUCUGCCAGGAAGCUCCCAGGCUUCGGGCUUACCACAGGCCACCAGCACGGGCCAGACCUUGGCAGUGGCUCAGGCCUCCUCUGGCAGCUCAAGCCAGUCCCUCAACUUGAGCCAGGGGGCAGCAGGCAGCAACGGUAUCUCUGGGGGUGUGGUGGCAAGUGGUGGGAGCCAGACCUCAACGGGCUUGAGCCAGACCUCCUCAGCAGGCACUGCUGGCAGUUGCCAAAGGAAAGGCACAGGGGUGGUUCAGCCAUUACCAGUGGCAGCUGCCCAGGCUGUGACAGUUAGCCAGGGAAGCCAGACAGAGGCAGAGAAUGCAGCCACAAAGAAGGGAGAAACAGACAGUGGUGGACAGCAAACAGUGGGCAUGAACCUGACCAGGACCGCUACACCAGCACCCAGCCAGACACUCAUCAGCUCGGCCACAUACACACAGAUACAGCCACACUCGUUGAUCCAACAGCAGCAGCAAAUCCACCUGCAGAAGCAGGUGGUGAUCCAGCAGCAGAUUGCCAUUCAUCACCAGCAGCAGUUCCAGCACCGUCAGUCCCAGCUCCUCCACACAGCCACCCAUCUUCAGCUGGCCCAACAGCAGCAACAGCAACAAGCACCAUCUCUGGCCCAGCAGCAGCAGCAAGCUCAACCUCCACAGCAGCAGGCUCCUCCUCAAAACCAGCAGCAGGCUCAGACCCUUGUGGUGCAACCUAUGUUGCAGUCCCAGCCACAGUCUGUGCAGCUCCAGCAGGACAGUCCUUGCCAGCCAGCCACCAAGUCACCUGUUCCAAUUCAGUCCAAAUCUCUGGUCACCCCCAUCAAGCCACCUCAGCUUGGGCCUGCCAAAAUGUCAGCAGUGCAGCAACCUCCACCACACAUCCCAGUGCAGGUGGUGGGUACUCGGCAGCAGGGCUCAGGCCAAGCCCAAGCACUGGGUUUGGCUCAGAUUGCUGCAGCAGUGCCAGCGUCCCGGGGAAUGCCAGCCGUGGUCCAGCCUGUUUCCCAAGCCCUUGCUGCUUCCCCUUCGUCAUCUUCAGCUCCACCAUCCUCACAGGAAGCUCCCCCUCUCACCACAGGGGUGAAUUUGGCACAAGUUCAAGGCACAGCCCAUAUGGUGAAGAGCCCAGCCUCCUCUCCAGUUGUGGCUCAGAUGCCAGCAGCAUUCUACAUGCAGUCUGUCCAGUUGCCAGGUAAAUCUCAGACCUUAGCUGUAAAGCGCAAGGCAGAGUCGGAGGAGGAGAAGGAGUCGCCCAGUGUCACUGCACUCCUGCCUGCCAGGUCCUCUCCUGUGAUGGACAGCCCCAAAAAUGUGGAGGAGAAGGGCAGCCUUGGAGAUAAAUCCGAUUCUGCUGCCACUGCAACCCCAAAUACCACUUCAAGUGAAGGAGCAUCAGCCACCCCCACCUCUGCUCCCACCCCAAACCUGGCAACGGUGUCACGUCAGGUGGGAGACUCCAAACCCCCACAAGCCAUUGUGAAGCCCCAGAUCCUUACACACAUCAUUGAAGGCUUUGUCAUCCAAGAAGGAGCAGAGCCCUUUCCGGUGGGUUGUUCUCAGCUGCUGAAAGAAUCUGAGAAACCACUGCAGGGAGAGGCUUCUUCUGGCCAUAGUGAAAACCUGUCCAGCAAUUCUCCAGGAGGGGACAGUGCUUCUGUAGAGCUUGAUAAGAAGGCAAACUUGCUCAAGUGUGAAUACUGUGGGAAGUAUGCCCCAGCAACCCAGUUCCGUGGCUCCAAAAGGUUUUGUUCCAUGACCUGUGCUAAAAGGUAUAAUGUCAGCUGCAGCCAUCAGUUUCGGCUGCAAAGGAAGAAGAUGAAGGAAUUCCAGGAAGCCAACUAUGCCCGUGUGCGCCGACGGGGCCCGCGGCGCAGCAGCUCUGACAUCGCGCGAACAAAGAUCCAGGGCAAGCGCCACAGGGGCCAGGAAGACUCAAGUCGAGGCUCUGAUAACUCCAGCUAUGAUGAAGCUUUGUCCCCUACAUCUCCAGGGCCACUGUCAGUAAGGGCCAGUCAUGGAGAGAGGGACCUGCCAAACUCUAGCAUGGCCCCACCUACCCCAGAUCUACAUGGCAUCAACCCGGUCUUCCUGUCCAGCAAUCCCAGUCGUUGGAGUGUGGAAGAAGUAUACGAGUUCAUUGCAUCACUGCAAGGGUGCCAGGAGAUUGCUGAGGAGUUUCGGUCACAGGAAAUAGAUGGCCAGGCCCUGUUGCUUCUGAAGGAGGAACACCUCAUGAGUGCCAUGAACAUAAAGCUGGGACCAGCUCUCAAGAUAUGUGCCAAGAUCAACGUCCUCAAGGAGACUUAACAGCUCUGAAGCUUAGGUCUCACUCUUGCUCUGACCCCAGGGCAGCUGCCAGCUUUGAAGCAUCCUGCUGAGGCAGGGAAGAAUGGGACAGCCCCCUGUGGUCUUGCAUUCAAGAAUGAGAAGGAAUUUAACUGACUAACUGCUGUGGACAGUUAACAAGCCCAUAUCUUGGUCUUUUUAAUGGUGCUACAAUGGGGAGGAAUACUCCCUCCUGGGGCCUUGAAACAUCACUCGUUCUUCCUGAUUUUUAAUAUGCCUCUCUUCUAUAACACAUAAAGACAUGAAGGGGACUUCUGUCUUAGCAGACUUCUCAAAGGGAACUGUGCUCACCCCUUUCUGUUACAGCAGGUCUGCUGUAUUUUAGUUUUGAAUCUCACUGUGCCAGAACUUGAGGCAUAGGAAGAGCUGGCCGCACAUGGGCUUUGGGAGCAGCUGUGCUUGGGGCAUUUAGGAAGGGGAAUUAGUAAAGUCCAAGUGACAAGAGGUGGACAAACAAGAAUUUGAAUAAAAGGGGCUGCUUCUCUUCCACUGUUAAAAAAAUCAUGAGGCUGCUCAUGAACCGGGUUUAAUAGCCAUUCCAGCAUGCAUACCAAACCUGAAGGCCUGUGGCAAUAGGAGCUGCCAAAGCUUUACUGUCUCAUGUAGUGAUGCAGAAUGAAGAUGAAGUGUUGUAGCAGCUAUUCACUCCAGAUGCUCCUCUCUGAACCAAAGGAGGAUUUAUCCUGAGUAUUUACGAACAAGGUGAUUAGAAAACUGAAGGGAAGGGGGAUUGUCUUAAAUUAGGCACUAGGUUCAUCUUCCCGUUGUGCUAGGGCGUAAUUUGCAGGUCCAAAGCAGUCUCCAGAAGCGCCAAGGCUCUUCAUACAAUGGGCUGGGUUUUUGUUUUGUUUUGGGCUUUUUGUGUUCUUUUACCAGUUUGUAUUAUUUUUAUGUCUGUCUUCAUUACCCUCAGGAGAGUUUCUGGGACAAAGUUUAAGCUGGCAGGAUUGUAUCACCUGCCUCAGGCUGUUUUGUUGUUGUUGCUGGUGUUAUAAAACAAAUACUUCUCUUUCUCAGUUAAAACCAACAACCAACCCUCCAACAACUGAAUGCUAAUCCUUUAAUGCUACUUCUGCCUUCUAGGGGGUAGAAUUAUGUUAUAGGCUGAGUCUCUCUCUUUUAGCCCCUCCAGGUUUGGGAUUUAUUUUUAAGGACCAAAUGUGGUAUUCUUUAGUUUUGUAACCAGAUUGCCAAAGGUGAGAAUCUGGGCAGAGUUCUCUUCCAAAAGCACCUCUUCUUCAAACAAAAUAGGCAAAAACUCAAAAGAAAUUACACAAAGCAUGAAAGAGCUAAGUGCCCCUUAGAGCUAAAUACCUGCAAGCAACAUGAUUUUAUAAACCAUGUGUCUCAGCUUUUCUGAUUUCAGGAGUUUCACAUGAAUAAUUGAGUGAAACAGACACUGUGUGGAAAGCACCCAUGGCUGCAGGAAAGCUGUAGUUACAAUGGAUGCCUAAUAGCAUAGGUAGGAAAACACUAGAGAUGGUUUGGAACUGGCUCGCUAUUGACCCAUAUUAGAAAAGAGGAGGGAAAUGGCUUAGAAGAUGGAUAAAAUGUGGCAGCAGCUUUCUAGUCUUAAGUGUACUGUUGAAUUUCACUCUAAUAAUGCCUUUGUUCCUGUGAAAGAAAACUUCUGAGGCUUCUAGAAUGAGAAUGGGCCCAAAAGAAGCUGCACACUGGUAAUGCUAUUUGGUCUGAUACAAUUUGGUGGUAGGGAAAAGGGAGGUUAGAAUCUCUCAACACGAAUCAGCUGAGGAAGGCUGUCCUUGAAGUAUUUUAUCCUUAGUAGGCUGGCUAUGAUAAAAAUCCAGUUCAGUUUGACCCUUGGCAGGGUAGGCAGGCAGCUAACCUGCCUGCAGUACUACUGCUUCUGAGGACUGGAUCUUAUUUCAGUCAAAUGAGGUUUCACUUCAUAUUCAAUGUUCUUAACAAAAAAAAAAAAAGCUUGUUCAGGCUUUGCAGGUGUGGCUGCUAAAAGUUAAUUUCUCUUUUAUUGUUGCAGAAAGAUACAGAGCAUAGGAACCUUUUCCCAUCCCUUACUACCUGAGCUUCUAAAGCAGUGUAUACCACUCCCUCUUAAGCCCUACGAGGUAGCAGCAAAAAAACAUGUACUAACAAGAAGAGGCCUGUUCUGGGAAAGAGUAGUUCAGGCACAAGGCACCACCCACUAAGGACCCUUCACCUUUGGGUAAGAAAGAUGCUCUGGUACCACAGAAAGCUCUUGUUACAGCAGCACAACACUUCACCAGUUUUGGGGUCUUUUGUUUGUUUUUUUUUUUUAAUUUUAUUUUUGAAAGUUGUGUUUUGUACAAAAAAAAAUUACCUUAAACACCACCAUGAAAACCAGUAAUAACAGACUUAGUGACUUCCUAUUUUUCCCAUGUUAUAAGGAAGAUUGAGACUGUAACAAAAGUCAAAGAAAGCAGGAGCUGUUUGCCCACUCCAAACCCAGUAAGAAAGCAAGGCCCCCCUUUCCCCCCUCCAUGUCACCAUUCAGACUGCUUUGCCAGUAUUACAAAUAUAUAAAUCUUGUCUGUAUUCUGCUGUUAACAGUAGUGGCUUGCUUAUUCACAGUCUCUGCCCUCAAGACUGAGGGCAGUUCUUGCCAGUCUAGAAUAGGGCAGAAUGGGAUCACUUAAGAGUAUAGCCCCUGAAAUAAAAAAAAGCAAUUAAGAAUCAAGGUACCAAGUUCCUGAAGUCUUGCAACUUGGCUGUACCUGCUUUUUAGCAGGGCCCCAAGAAGAGGUCUCUCUCACUCCCAGCCAGCAGCAGUAUCCAAGUACUAUCUGUACCAUGCUUGAGGGACAAUGAUUUAUGAAAGCUGACCCUGGCAGUGCAGGAGUCCCUUACACAGUUUUUUAUUACACAAGCACUCUUAUCCUUGGCUUCUAUGGUUCAUUUUUUUAUAUUCUGGUAGCUUCCUGGGAAAACCCUCUGCCAAACAAGGAACUUCUGGAGAGCAUGUAAUCAUAAUGCUGAAGGGUGACUGAACUGUGUGGGCAGUCACCUCAGGAAGCUUAGAACUUGAGUGGCAGCUACCUGUUUCAUUGUGCCUUCAUGUGAGUUUCAGCAAAUGUUCCCUUUACUUAGCAGCACAUUUAUUUCCUUUUGCUUCUCAGUGAUUUGAGAAAGCCAAGACAAUAUUGUGACUGAACUAGAAAUUCAUGAGACUGUAUUUAACUCUUUUUUUUUAGCAUUGCCCCUUCUCAAUUGUCUGAGAGGAUGGCAUGCAUCCCUUUAUAUCUGUUGAAAGAAACUGGUGUGUACUCUUCUACAUACUGCCAUUAAGAAAAGAAAAUACUGCAGAGGUGCCAAUGCCUCCUCCACCCCCACAGAGUCUGGCAUAGAGCACGCUGCAGGUUACACUGGCAGAAGCAGUGCAAAGCUAGAAAAACUGAAAAUGCAUUCAAAGAAAAGGAAUUCCAGUGUCUUACGGAUCCUGUAAACCUUAGGGGUGAGAGGGAAGACACAAAAGAUCCCUCCUACAGUUUCAGCUGUUUUAACCCAUGGCCUCCUUCCCCUUUCUGCACCCAUCCAUGGUUCUUUUUAUCUCUUGGUGAUUUCUCUCCCAUGCUGAACACUCAUAUUGCUUUCUUGCCAUCUUCUCUCAAGUCUCGUCUCAGCACUUUCUCCCCUCAGCUCUGCUGCAUUUUUAAAAACCUAAACCAGUGUUAUAUUCACAAGACAUGCCACCAGGGACCGGUUCUGUUCACACCCAGAGGCAUCCAUGGGACUUGGCGCACCAGAGACAGCGAAAGUAAAGAGU